AUGGCCCUGCCAUCCCUGCUGCCGUGGGCGCCACCGCCAUCACUCCCGCCGACGCCACUCCGCGUCACUACUGAGGGAUGCCCUUGCCGGAAAGAGUGGAGCAACUCCUACGUCCUCGUCACCGAUUACUGCGGCAAUCCCGACAACGACGUUGACGAGUGGUGCUUUGUGGGCUGCGAGUGCCAGAGGGAUUGGCAAAGCCCCGGAGGCACCUGGGUCACGAACUACUGCGGCGACCCCGAUGGCGAAGGCGGCGGUGAUUGGUGCUAUGUGACAGCGAGAAGUUGUCAGAGCCGCGACUGGGGCUAUUGCGGGGUGGCAACACCGCAAGCGUCUCGGCGGGCGCACCACACGGCCGGCCUAGUAGCGGGCAACUGUGACUUUGAUGUCGACGGCGUGUUUACCCUCAACGACGCAGUGCACGUGGCGGCGCACUGGUCCGAGAUGGGCCAGCCGCCGGGCGUCGCUAACUGCGUGGGGGGCAACCUCGAUGGUCGCGGCGACGGCUUCACCCUCCAGGACGCAAUCUUUGUGGCGAGCGUCUGGGCGGGGCAAGCCAAGUUUGUGUGGGAUGCGGUGGCGCGGUGA